CUGCAUAUGCGCCAUGAGAUCUUUCAGAUUGACUAGAAGCUUUGUUUCUCGCUCGAAGAUCCCUACGCGACAUUUGUCACCCAGUGCAUCCGCAAUUCAAAGCUUACAGCAAACGAGGGCUUGUUCAUAUCGUUACAAUCCCCAGCACACCAGUAUGACUUCGCCGGCAUCCACUGGCGCUGCCUGGGGCGCGUGGCAGGUCGAACCAUCCUCUUUCACAAAGUCGGUAGUGGACUCUAUGAAGAAAUUAUAUCCCGAGGAAUUGGCAGACAGAAGCUGGGACAAUGUUGGCUUGCUCCUGUCCAACACUGACGACGGCACCGACAAGCGGAAGCCAGUGGUUAUGGUGACCAAUGACUUGACCUACCAAGUGGCUGUCGAUGCGAUUGAUCAAGGAGCCAGUGUGAUUGUUUCUUAUCACCCCUUUAUUUUCAGUGGCUUGAAGAGCAUUACCCACAAUGAUCCCCAGCAAGCAACGCUGAUUCGCCUGGCCAAGGCUGGAGUAGCCGUCUACUGCCCACACACAGCUGUGGACGCUGCACCAGAGGGACUGAACACCUGGUUGGCCAAUGUCAUCUCCGGCGAGCACAAGUCAGAGAGAUCUGUCGCUGUCCCUUGCAACACAGCACCCGAGUCUCACUCGCCCGCUGGGUACGGUGCCAUUGGCAACUUUGCCGAUGAAGUCCCCCUUAAUGAGAUUCUGAAGAGACUAGCCGAGAAACUGGGUGGGCUGCAGCACAUCAUGAUCGCCUCGCCCGUGGGCUCGGACCCGAAAACAGCCAAGGUCAAGUCCUUUGGCGUCUGCGCCGGCAGUGGCUACGACGUCCUCAAAAAGGCCGACGUCGACUUGAUCGUGACGGGCGAGACCAGCCACCACUCCGCACUGCGCGCCAUCCAGGAGGGCAGGACUCUUGUCACUGUCUUUCACAGUAAUUCGGAGAGGGCUUACCUCCAGGAGGUCCUCAAGCCCAGACUGCAGGAAGACUUAAGACGACAAGUCAAGGACGCAGAAGUCGUGGUAAGUAAAUACGACAAGGACCCGUUCACCAUUAUCGAUGUGAAGGAUCUCUAGAAAUCUAAAGGGGU